AAUAUGCAAAAUAAGGCUAGUACAAAGCCCACAAGCUGUUUAAAAACAAUAGGACAACUAAACAGAAUCUUGUUUAAAAGCAGGCCAACAAUAUAAUGAAAUAUGUACCCGUUUUUCAGCUGGUGGAGACAGGGAUGAAUAGGUGUUGCGCCUAAAACGGUGCUGUAAUACGUGUCACCAUUAAAAAGGAUGGAACAUGAAGCAGCACCUCAUUAACUGAUCUUACCAUCUUGGGAGGAACACAUGUCUAGAAGCUGUGUGAUUGGCUUAGCAUGUAGUGGUGGUAGUAACCAUAGUCCCCUUACGUUCCUAUUUGCUUGUGUUGCUGUCAUUGCCCUGUCAGCAAGGCGCCUGGUGUUGUCCCUCCUCUACAUAGAAGCAUCACUUUCAUUUAGCGUAAGAGCCUCGUUGAGGACAGUGCACAGAAAAAGAGGAAGGAAGCUGAGGGAUUGUGAGAAGUGCAAAGCUCCCUGCUGCAACUGCAGCAGUAGACAAACUUGCCUUGCGAUUCACUUGACUCCAUCCUUGAACAUUACUGGGAUUUUAUCCGGUACCAAACAGCUGUUCUCCUGAAUCACGGCUACCCUAGCCUGCUGGACUUGUUGGCUAUGACUCCUUGGCAAAAAACCGAUAAGAAGAUUGGAGUGGCAAUAUCCAAUUUCAGUGCUGCAAGAGUACCACAGCUAUCUCUGCAUAUUGGUGAUGUAGUCCAUAUACUGGAAGACUGUGAAGGUUGGUACAAAGGAUACAUUGUAAGACAUAAAGGGGUAGAGGGAAUAUUUCCAAAAUCUUUUAUCCACAUCAAAGAACUUUCUGUUGAGAAAAAAAGAAAUGCAGAAAAUGUAAUACCUGCUGAGAUUCCUUUGGUGCAAGAGGUUACUUGCACACUUUGGGAAUGGGGCAAUAUCUGGAAACAGCUCUAUGUGGCAAACAAGAAGGACCGGUUUCGACAAGUACAAUCUAUGAUGUGCGAAUUAAUGGAGUGGAGGUCUCAGCUUCUCUCAGGGACACUGCCCAAAGAUGAGCUCAAAGAACUGAAGCAAAAAGUCACUUCCAAAAUUGACUAUGGCAACAAGAUACUAGAGCUAGAUCUGAUAGUUAGAGAUGAAGAUGGAAAUAUAUUGGAUCCAGAGAAGACCAGUGUCAUCAGCCUCUUUCAUGCUCAUGCUGAAGCUACUAACAAAAUCACAGAACGGAUUAAAGAGGAGAUGUCAAAGGAUGAAUCUGAUUAUGGAACCUACUCCAGAAGCUCUACAUCCCCCACUCACAGUCUUUAUGUCUUUGUGAGGAAUUUUGUCUGCAGAAUAGGAGAAGAUGCAGAACUUUUCAUGUCACUCUAUGAUCCCCAGAAGCAGACAGUUAUAAGUGAAAAUUACUUGGUGAGAUGGGGGAGCAAAGGUUUUGUGAAAGAAAUUGACAAUUUCAACAAUCUGAAGGUGGUUUUCACUGAUCUUGGAAACAAGGAUCUCGGAAGAGAAAAAAUUUAUUUGAUUUGCCAGAUUGUACGGGUUGGAAGAAUGGAUCUUAAAGACAGUAAUACAAGAAAAUAUACCCAGGGCAUAAGACGACCUUUUGGAGUGGCAGUUAUGGAUAUUACAGACAUCGUAAAGGGAAAAGCAGAAAGCGACGAAGAGAAGCAACAUUUCAUUCCUUUUCACCCAGUGUCAGAGAAUGAGUUUUUGCAUAACCUCUUAAGCAAGGUCACAACACUCAAAGGUGAUGGACAAGGGCUAUGGGUAACUAUGAAAAUGCUUGUUGGAGACACUACUCAGAUUAGGAAGGACUACCCUCAUCUUGUUGACAGGACAACAGUUGUUGCUAGGAAGCUUGGUUUUCCGGAAAUAAUCAUGCCAGGCGAUAUAAGAAAUGACAUCUACAUUACCUUGCUAAAUGGAGACCUGGAUAAGUCUAAUAAAACUUCACAGAGAAACAUAGAAGUCAACAUGUGUGUCUGUGAUGAAGAUGGGAAAGUGAUACCAAAUGCAAUUUGUUUAGGAGCUGGAGACAAGCCUACAAGUGAAUACAAAUCAGUGGUCUACUACCAAGUUAAGCAGCCCCGCUGGGCAGAGACAUUAAAGGUAGCAUUGCCCAUUGAGGAUAUGCAAAGAAUUCACUUGCGCUUUACGUUUAGACAUCGGUCAUCUCAGGAGUCUAAAGACAAAGGAGAAAAGAACUUUGCAAUGGCCUAUGUGAAGUUAAUGAAGGAGGAUGGGACAACUCUGCUUGAUGGCUUUCAUGAUCUCGCCGUUCUAAAGGGUGAUAGUAAGAAAAUGGAGGAUGCCAGUGCUUACCUGAGUCUCCCUUCCUCACGUCAUAACAUAGACUCUAAAGGCUCAACCUUAAGUCGGAGUUCAAGCAGUGUUGGAGGGCUCUCAGUAAGCUCAAGAGACACAUUUACCAUUUCAACGCUUGUUUGUUCAACCAAGCUAACUCAAAAUGUUGGUUUACUGGGCCUUUUGAAGUGGCGUAUGAAGCCAGAGCUCUUGAAGGAGAACUUAGAAAAACUGAAGAUUGUGGAUGGGGAAGAAAUUGUGAAGUUCCUCCAAGAUACUUUAGAUGCCUUGUUUAAUAUCAUGAUGGAACAUUCUCAUAGUGAUGAAUAUGACAUUCUCGUCUUUGAUGCACUGAUCUACAUAAUAGGACUCAUUGCAGACAGAAAAUUCCAGCAUUUCAAUACCGUACUGGAGGCUUAUAUACAGCAGCACUUCAGCGCAACUUUAGCCUACAAGAAACUAAUGACAGUUUUGAAGACUUACUUGGACAUUUCCUGCAGAGGGGAACAGUGUGAACCUAUACUAAGAACUCUGAAAUCUCUGGAAUAUGUGUUCAAGUUCAUAGUUCGGUCAAGGACUUUGUUUUCACAGCUGUAUGAAGGCAAAGAAGUGACAGAAUUUGAAGAAGCAAUGAGGAGGCUUUUUGAAUCAAUCAACAACCUGAUGAGAAGUCAAGAAAAAACAGCCCUUAUACCACAGGUGGCUGCCUUGAAGUAUAUUCCUUCUGUUCUCCAAGAUGUAGAAACAGUGUUUGAUGUCAGGUUACUUAGCCAGCUCUUGUAUGAAUUUUAUACUUGCAUUCCACCAAAAUCUCUACAGAAUCAUAAAGUGCGCUCCAUGAAGAAUAUAGUAUGCAGCAAUCUCUUUAAAAAACAAGAAUGUAGAGAUAUCCUGCUUCCUGUCAUUACCAAAGAACUGAAGGAAUUACUGGAUCCAAGGGAAGAGGCACAAAACCAAGAGAAGAAGUAUUGUGUUGAAUUACUCAACAGCAUCCUGGAGGUUCUCAGCUGUCAAGAUCCAAAGUCAACUCAUCAGCACAUACAAGAAAUAAUGGUCCAGCUGCUGCGCACCAUUAACAGGGCUGUCAUUAGAAUGGGAAGAGAUGACACCUUAAUUAGUCAUUUUGUGGCUUGCAUGACAGCAAUCUUGAACCAAAUGGAUGACCAACAUUAUGCCUCAUAUAUUGAAACUUUUCGAACAAGCUCAGAGCUAGUGGACUUUUUGAUGGAAACCUUCAUAAUGUUCAAAGAUCUCAUUGGAAAAAAUGUCUAUCCCUUGGACUGGAUGGCCAUGAGCAUGGUGCAGAACAGGGUGUUUCUGAGAGCUAUCAACAAAUUUUCUGAGACUAUGAACCAGAAGUUUUUGGAAAACAUGAAUUUUGAAGAACAACUGUGGAACAACUAUUUCCAUCUUGCUGUGGCUUUUAUCACCCAGGAUUCUUUGCAGCUGGAACAAUUCUCCCAUGCAAAGUGCAUAAAGAUUGUCAGCAAAUAUGGAGACAUGAGACGCUUGAUUGGGUUUGCUAUUCGUGACAUGUGGUACAAACUUGGGCAGAAUAAAAUCCGCUUUAUUCCUGGAAUGGUUGGACCCAUCUUAGAGAUGACCCUUAUUCCUGAAGCUGAGUUACGGAAAGCCACUAUCCCAAUCUUCUUUGAUAUGAUGCUGUGUGAAUAUAGAAACACUGGAGAAUUCAGAAAGUUUGAAAACGAAAUCAUUUUAAAAUUGGACCAUGAAGUGGAAGGAGGCCGUGGAGAUGAGCAAUAUCUGCAUUUGUUUGAAUCAAUUCUCACCGAGUGUUCCUCAAGUUAUGCCAAGAUUGCCAAGGCAGUUGAAACGUUUGUAAGCCUAGUCAAAGGCCUUUUGGAAAAGCUGUUGGAUUACCGUGCUGUGAUGAAUGAUGAAAGCAAGAACAACCGCAUGAGCUGCACUGUGAAUUUGUUGAAUUUCUACAAGGAGAUUAACCGUGAAGAGAUGUAUAUAAGGUACUUGUAUAAACUUCGGGAUCUUCAUUUAGACUGCGAGAACUACACUGAGGCAGCCUAUACUCUUCUGCUGCAUGCUUCGCUUCUGAAAUGGUCUGAUGAACAGUGCACUCCCCAAGUCAUGCAAACAGAAUUUCAGAGUUCACAAACUCAUCGGCACCUGAAAGAACACUUGUAUGAGAUGAUAAUAGAAUACUUUGACAAGGGAAAGAUGUGGGAAGAAGCAAUAUCCUUGUGCAAAGAGCUGGCCGAACAGUAUGAAAUGGAAAUUUUUGAUUAUGAACUUCUCAGCCAGAACCUGAGGCAGCAAGCAAAGUUCUAUGAAAAUAUUAUGAAAAUUCUGAGGCCUAAACCAGACUACUUUGCUGUUGGAUAUUACGGCCAAGGGUUCCCCACCUUUCUAAGGAACAAAGUGUUCAUCUAUCGUGGCAAAGAAUAUGAGCGGAGGGAAGAUUUUCAAGCGCAGCUGAUCAGCCACUUUCCAAAUGCUGAAAAAAUGACUACUACUGCACCCCCUGGAGAGAACAUCAAAAACUCCACAGGCCAAUACGUACAAUGCUUCACAGUUCAACCAGUUUUGGAAGAACACCCUCAGUUCAAAAACAAGCCAGUUCCCGAUCAGAUUAUCACCUUUUACAAGUGUAACCAUGUGCAAAGAUUCCACUACUCAAGACCAGUCAGAAAAGGGUCUGUUGACCCCGAAAAUGAAUUUGCUUCUAUGUGGAUUGAGAGAACAUCCUUUGUUACUGCUUACAAGCUCCCUGGAAUCCUGCGUUGGUUUGAAGUGAUCGCUAUGUCACAGACUACCAUUAGCCCCCUGGAAAAUGCUAUUGAAACAAUGUCUAUGACCAAUGAGAAGAUUCUGGCCAUGGUUAAUCAGUACCAAAGUGAUGAGAACCUUCCAAUUAACCCUCUGUCCAUGCUUCUGAAUGGAAUUGUUGAUCCAGCUGUCAUGGGAGGGUUUGCUAAAUAUGAGAAGGCUUUCUUCACUGAUGAGUACAUCAGGGACCACCCUGAGGAUCAAGAGAAACUAAACAGACUUAAAGAUUUGAUUGCUUGGCAGAUUCCAUUUCUUGGAGCUGGAAUUAAGAUCCAUGAGAGGAGGGUUUCAGAUAGCCUUCGUCCUUUCCAUGAGCGUAUGGAGGAGUGUUUCAGGCACUUGAAGGUCAAAGUGGAGAAACAAUAUGGUGUCAGAGAACUGCCGGAUUUUGAUGAUAGGCGAGUUGGUCGGCCAACAUCUAUGCUGCGAUCGUAUCGUCAGAUGUCUAUUAUUUCCCUGUCCUCUAUGAAUUCAGACUGUGGUACACCAAGCAAGACUACUGUAGAAAGCUUUGAACUGGAAGUCCUGUCUCCCAAGGCUACCAAGUCAGUGUCAGAUGAGAAUGUACGCCUGGCAAGCCCCCUGCCUGAAGUUAAGCUGAGAAAGUGCAGGAAGAGAGCAAAGAGAAGCAGUGUGGUCUUUGCAGAUGAAAAAGCAUCACCUGAACUUCUUGAUAUGAAAAGUCUGUCAAGAAAACAUGCAUUUAUGAGUGACACGAAUCUUUCUGAACAUCUGGGUGUACCUCACAAAACAUCUGUUCUCAAGCAAAUGAGCUUUGCCAGCCGUUCUAUGCCAACUAUUCCAGGGGUAACUAUGUCUGUGUGCUGCCCCCCACCUGAGGAACCAAAUGCAUCACAGAGGAUGAGCCAGGCAAGCAUCCCUCCUCCCAUCUUGGAGGUAGACAGGAAAACUCUAAAAAAGAAGAAAGUGAACCAGCUCUUCAAAACAAUAUACAGGACCAAACAACUUGAAGAUGGGAGGCAUACCAGUGAGCGACAAUCUGAUUUCUUCCCAGACCAGUGAAUAAAUUACCUUGUUUGAAAGAGAAGAGAUUUCCUAGCAAGUGUGGAAAACAAGAUUCCAAACCGGAGAGGAAGGCUGGCAUAAAAGAACGUUACUAACUCGUAUAACUCACUUGCACAAUCUAUACAUCUGCUGUUUUAAUCAAUGCACAAUAGUAAUUAAAAUAUUUGCUUUUCCAUUUCUAACAAGAUUAUAAAGUCAAGGCAUUUUUAGUGAUCUUUAGGCCAGUUCCCAGACUCAGCAUUCUAGGAACAUGGUGGCUCACUAGAACAAGCAUCCACCUGCCACUGUGCACAGGACAUAAUGUGACAGAUAAUAUGCACUUAACCUGAUUUAUGCAGUCCUUUUGCAUUUUAUUUGCACUUUUUAUUAAGUGUAUGUGCUGGCUUCUGUAUUCCACUGCACUUAUAGGAUACCUAAAAGACUGAUCUUGUAAUUCAGGUGUUAGUUAGCUCAUUGAACUGGUAAUUCCUAUUUAAAAUUCCCAAUGAAGUUUAAAGGCUGACUGAAAUUCUGUUUUUAUUAAAGUAUAGGCCCCACUUAACUUACAACCUUGGACUGUUGUCAUGGAAUUGUCUUGCCAUAUAUUACCACUGCACCCCCAAGAAUGAUAGCUCUUUUGUGUUUUAAUUUCACACACACACACUCCGCAAACAUGCAAGAAAAAGUUUCUGUAUGAAAGAACCUCUUACACCAUUUCUAUAAACUAUAUACUUCCUGCAAUUUAGUAAUCAAAUGUUAUAUGUGUUCUCUCAUUUGCUCUGAAUCAUCCUUCAUGGACUUUCUCCAAAUUCCUCAGUAUAUUGCAUAAUUCAUCUCGUCUUACUGACAAGAGAACUCUACAAUUCCUAUAUUGCUACUGUGCCAAUAUAAUUGAUUUUCUCACCUUUGCGACAUGCUUAUGCUAUACCUUUUUGCUUGUUUCAUUGCUCCGAGACAAAAGUACAGCUACAUGGUUUUAGUACUAUUAUUACAUAACAUACCCAUUUAUUUUAAAGAAGUCAAUAAAUGUAUCAUCUUGAUUUGGGAUUACUCAGAAAUUUCGACAUAUUCAUUUGCCUAUGUAUCUCCUGGCUACUGUGUAAAAACUGCACUGAUUUAAUAAACUGUGCCCAGUUUUGGGGCUUCAAGGUAAA